UAACGGCUAGUGACUGUUUUAAACGGAAUGUGUUCUAUUUGGAUGAAAAAAACAGCCAUUGAUGGUUGCCAUGGCUGCUCCAGAUGCCCUGAAGAUACUUAAGAAGCCCCGUGUAACAAUCUUUUUAUUUCUUUGUGGCUAGGGCUUCCACUCUAUCGAUCCGGGAUAGACAUGGGGUGCGCGUCAUCGCGAGUGAUGCAUUUGCAGGCGGAGCGCGAGGAUAAUCCCGGCGUCAGCGCCACUCCCAAGAGAUCGAGGAAGAGGUCCCGCGCAGCGGAUGAGGAUCUCGUUGACGAUCGCCAGCAGCAGCGCCAGCGGAGCCACUUUGUGGCGCUCACAUCCAGUACGUAUGGCGUCCUUGAUCGCGAUGGCAAGCUGGAGAAGAAGGAUCGCCCAGAGGUGAUCAAUGCCGUGGAGCUCAUGAAGGGGCUGGAAGGCGAUGAUAAUCGCCAGGAACAGGAGCAGCAGGAUUUCUAUGCUCUCAGCCAGACCUCGCAUCACCCAAGGGGCUCCAGCAGCAAUUCCUCCACCUCUACAUACGACAUCGUCCGCGAGCUUCACAGAUCCGACCAGGAGCUCGAGGAGCAGCCGCGGCAGCAGUGCCAGCACCACCACCAACGCUCAAGCAAGAAAAUGCGAUGCCUCUCGUCCAAGGCUAGCAAUUCGAUCGUGGAGACAGCCACCUCGUCCAGCAGCACCAGCACGAGCCGGAGCCUGUUCGAUCCGGAUCUCCUGGAGAGCAUCGAGAGGGCUUUCGAGCAAAUCUCAGAGGAGGACUGGAACUCGAAGAAAUCUCCAUCGGAUGAUAGCCAGCGGGAUCUUUCAGCAGCGAGGCCUCUCGAUUGCGAUCCGAAAGACGAUCCGAGGUCUCUAGACGAGAAUCCGGCGGAGCUUCGCGAUUUCCAGCUCCUCUGUCCUCCGGCUGGCGAAUCCAAGGCCGUGGUCUACUACACGAGCCUGCGAGGGGUGCGAAGAACACACGAGGAAUGUAGCACGGUGCUCGAGAUCGUCAGGAGCUAUGGCGUGAGCGUGGGCGAGAGGGAUCUAUCGAUGCAUCAGGCGUUCCGGCAGGAGCUCAAGGAGCUCUCGCAAUCCUGCGCGGUUCCCAGGCUGUUUGUGAGGGGGCGAUUGAUCGGCGGAUUGGAGGAGGUGUCGAGGGCUCACGAGAAGGGGCUGCUGGCGAGAUUGCUCCAGGGGAUUCGGCGAGAGGAUCACAGCAAAGCUUGCGAUGGCUGUGGCGGCGCUCGAUUCAUGCUGUGCCUGGAUUGUAACGGUAGCUGCAAGAUCUUGGCGGAGGAUGGGAGUGGAGAGAAGAUCCAGUGCCUUGAAUGCAACGAGAACGGACUUAUUCGAUGCCCUAUUUGCUGCUAGAGCAUUUUUGCCCUAACUCUGGGCAUUUGUUUAGUUUAACAGUAGUUUGUUAAUGUAUACUAAUCUAAUC